GCAGCAGAGGAAGACCUGGUUUUUGAUAACAGUCAACAUGGCGUUCAGUUUCGGCGGCGCCACGAGUAACCCGGCGGCAAACACGUCCGGGUUUUCAUUCGGUUCAUUUGGUCCCAAAACUACAGCAUCAACAGCAUUUGGCUUUGGCACCGCAGCCACCACCACCACCGCCUCAUCCGGAUUCGGCACUCUUACAGCCCCUGGUUUUGGGGCAGCCACCACCACUGCUGCUGCACCAGCCACAGGAUUUAGUUUUGGCUCCACCAACACUGGAUUUGGGGGGCUGGGAGCUGGAAACACCACGGCUGGUGGGUUUAGUUUUGGGGGGUUUGGUUUAAAUGCCAACCCAGCAGCAGUCAGCUUUAAUGUGGGGUGCUUUGGUACAGCAACCACCACUGGCACUGUUUUCAAUUUUGGUAAUAGCCUGGCUAGCACAGGCACGUUUGGUGGUUUUGGGACGACUACAACAUCUGCUGCUGCACCAGGGUCCUCUUUUAGCUUCGCUGCUCCCACCAACACCGCAGGAAGCCUGUUUGGUAACACGCAGAACAAAGGGUUUGGGUUCUCCUCUGGGCUUGGCACUGGGACUGCUACUGGAACAGGAUUUGGAACUGGAUUAGGAACAACUGGCCUGGGUGGGUUUGGAGGUUUUAAUAUCCAGCCAACUCAGCAGCAGCAAGGAGGCUUGUUUGGUCAGCAGGCCCAGCAACCAGGUCAGGCUCAGCCCACCCAGCUUUACCAGCAGGUCACUGCUCUGUCAGCUCCCACUUUGUUAGGAGAUGAGCGGGACUCCAUCUUAGCCAAAUGGAACCAACUGCAGGCUUACUGGGGCACUGGAAAGGGCUUCUACAGCAACAACCACCCACCUGUUGACUUCACCCAGGAGAACCCAUUCUGCAGGUUCAAGGCGGUGGGCUAUAGCUGCGUCCCAGUGAGUAAGGAUGAGGAUGGUUUAGUGGUCUUGGUUCUCAACAAAAAGGAAGCUGAUGUGCGAGCUCAGCAGCAGCAUCUGGUGGAGUCCCUCCACAAGGUCCUGGGAAGCAACCAGACACUCGCUGUCAAUGUAGACGGUGUCAAAGCCCUGCCCAGUGACCAAACAGAGGUGAUCAUUUACGUGGUGGAGCGUUCUCCUAAUGGCACAUCCAAGCGGAUCCCUGCCACCACACUCUUCGGUUAUCUGGAGCAGGCCAACAUCAAGAUCCAGCUCACGCAGAUUGGCGUGGCCAUGACAGUCACUCGCACAGAGCUGUCCCCAGCACAACUCAAACAGCUGCUGCAAAAUGCACCUGCAGGAGUGGACCCCAUCAUUUGGGAGCAGGCUAAGGUGGACAACCCUGACCCUGAGAAAUUAAUCCCAGUGCCCAUGGUGGGUUUUAAGGAGCUGCUUCGGAGGCUGCAGAUCCAGGAGCAGAUGACCAAACAGCACCAGACCAGAGUGGAUAUUAUCUCCAAUGACAUUAGUGAACUGCAGAAGAACCAGGCGACCACAGUGGCCAAGAUUGCUCAGUACAAGAGGAAGCUGAUGGAUCUCUCUCACAGGGUGCUGCAGGUCCUGAUCAAACAGGAGAUUCAGAGAAAAAGUGGUUAUGCUAUCCAAGUGGAUGAAGAGCACCUCAGGGUGCAGCUGGACACCAUUCAGUCUGAACUCAAUGCCCCCACACAGUUCAAGGGUCGGUUAAAUGAGUUAAUGUCCCAAAUCCGGAUGCAGAAUCACUUUGGAGCUGUGAGAUCAGAAGAGCGCUACAAUGUUGAUGCAGACCUUCUCAGAGAAAUCAAACAACACUUGAAACAGCAGCAGGAUGGUUUAAGUCAUUUGAUCAGCGUCAUAAAAGAUGACUUGGAAGACAUCAAACUCAUAGAGCAUGGGCUGAGUGACAGUGGACACAUGAGAGGAGGCCUCCUGAGCUGAGUCUACCGUACCGACACACACAUACAUAAGCUCCGACUCUUUAUAUAUGUAAGUCCUCUGAAAAGUGGCGUGCCAGUCGUCCAGAUUAGUCAACGUACUUUUUGUUAUGGCAUUGAAAUAAUGUUGAAGCACUCUUUGGCUUCAUAGGCAGGCAUCUGAAUUUGGAGGCAUUACUCCAUUUCGGCAGGUUUAUCAGGACAUUGCCCCACUAUCUGUACUGACAAAAACAUUGACUGGUUAAUCUGUGCUUUCUGGACUGACUUAAUGGAAAGACUCAACAUCGUCUAAUAAUAGCUGGAUUCCCUUAUGUUAAAUCAGAUUACGGAUAUGAGACAAUGGAAGUGACUGGCAUGUAAACAAGUCGCUGGAUUGAGUGUGUUGAGGUUGAAUGCAUUGUAAAUACAAAUCAAUCAAUCUGCUUUUUUAUGCUGAUGUUACAAUAUUAAUAAAUUUUCAUUUAAAUUGAAAA